CACCGUGCCUCCUUCCUCUGAUGUCUGAUCUAUGUUAAAAAAAAUUUUUAUAUAUAUAAUUCUAGGCAACAAUCACCAGGUACAGUAUGUUUGGGGAAAAAGUACAUGACCAAAUGUAUGAUGGUGAAGCUAUGGGACUGAGAGGAAGAGGAAAUUGUUGCACAGGUAAAUGGAUGAGUGACAUGCUAAGGAUACGAAACAUCUCAUCUCAUGAUGGCACAAAACAGCUUCCUUCUUAUAUUUAAGACGUUGUGAAUAAAAUAUUUUUUGGUUUAAUAGACCAUAAAACCAUAGACCAUAAAACUUUUCCUUUCAAUUCUUUCUCUCUAGUUUUGCUUCUUUCCUCCCAGAGCAUGCUGAUGCUGCUCUUUGUAUCUGUUUACCUCCUCCCUCUUUCCCGUGACAGGAGGAUUUAUUCUCCACUGCACCAGUUCUCCACAUGCUUGCUCUCUUUUUCUCUCUUUCUCUCUCUCUGCUCUCUCUCUCUCUCUCUCUCUCUCUCUCUCUCUCUCACACACACACACACACACACACACUGAAACCCUCACUUUUAUAGUAGAAAAGCAUCAUGCGCUCUUCGGCUUCUCUCACCCUCCCUUUAUCUCUCCAUCCCUCCCUCCAUUCCUCGUCCUCAUCACCCCUCCCUCAGUACGUGUAGAAGGAACAUCGCUUGCUAUUGGUGUUGGCCUGCUGUUAAUGUCGUGCAUCAUUGCUACCGUAACCCCAAAGGGAGGAGGAGAGAAUUUUUUUUCCCCCUGUCUCACUCCCUCACUUGCCAAUAAUGCGGCGCACCGUAAUUGAAUUUUGAUGUUUUUUUUUGCUUCCUGCUGAAGGACAGAGUGUCACAGACGACCAGCCUGAGGAGAAGAGAGCUCUGCUUUAGCAGCGGUCAUGCAGCCCCAUGUGGCGGAGGUGGCACGCCUCUACCAGACCGAGUUUAUCCGGAGCGCACGUGCUAUGGGUGUCCUGUGGGCCAUCUGUACGCUCUGCUUUGCCGUCAUCGAGGUGGUCAUACUUGUUCAGCCAUCCUGGGUGGGCACACGUGAGCUUCGCUAUCCAGCCAGCAGAGUCGGAGGUAAACCGCCUCCACAGGCCGGUACGCUGGGUCUGUUUGAGGUGUGUGUGGAGGCAGACUGGCCGGUUCCUGAGUGCACAGGCUCUCUACGUACACUGACCCCUAUUCCAGCCUUCCAGUCUCCGGCUGUGCUGGUGUGCAUCUCCCUCACCAUGGUGUGGGUCAGUGUGGGCUGUCUGUGUCUGUUUCGCUUCUGCAACGCCGCAACCGUGUACAAGAUCUGUGCCUGGCUCCAGCUCACCGCUGGUUUCUGUCUGGCGCUGGCCUGCGUGCUCUUCCCUGAUUCGUGGGAGUGUGCAGAGAUGCGUGCGCUGUGUGGAGACAGUGUCGAGAGUUUCUCUCCGGGGAACUGCGCCGUGCACUGGGCCUACAUACUGGCCAUGCUGGGAGUUUUGGAUGCCGGCAUCCUCGCCACACUCGCCUUCGUCCUGGGCAACCGUCAGGAUGCACUGCUCCCAGAUGACGCCAAGGAUGGUGAUGUGACUGGGUUGUUACUAGAAGCAUAGCCGGCGAUGAAGCGAUGCCACAGACUCCUUUCAUCUGCGGCUGAUCGCUCCGUCUUCAUUGAAAGCUGGAGAAAAACAGACAAGCUCACUUUCUCCUCCCCCACAGCAUGACAUCAUCUCCCUGACGCUUACAUAAAAACUGCAUAGAAACUAGAGACGGUCGCCUGGCAACGGUAUCCGACGACUUCUCCAGCUGUAGGUGGAGGCAGAGAAAUACAAAGGACACUUGUUUUACAUUCUCGGUCGCCUCCUGAUAAGCAAAUGGGUGUCAUUGUAGAUAUUAAUUGUUUUUUUGUUGUUGUUCUGUUAGUUCACCACAUUGUCCAAGACCAACAAAUGUAUUUUCUCCUUGUUUGGUGUGAAUGUUAGGUUUUGUUUCAUUAGUGUGAACCUUGGAUAAGAUUUUGAUUGAAUUAAUGGUUUAAUUUCAUAUUCAUCUGAAAC